UCUUCCAUUUUCUUGAAUUGAAUAUAUUGAAUGAAAGAAAGAAGGACUAUUCUAAUUCUCUAUUCUCAUAAAUGAUUCCAAAUUCAUUUGGGUUAUUCUAAAAAUUCAUGUUCCUUUUUUUUUCUAUUACUUACCAUUACCACUAUUUUCCCUCUUUUUAUUUGUGUUUAGCUAUUUUGAUCAUCAACCCAUUACCCAAUACCCACCCUUUAAAUUCACCCCAUUUCACCCUUUUCAAUAAUCAAAAAAAAACCCAAAAAAAAGUUUUAAUCUUUCUAGUGAGAGAAACUAAAUUCAAAGAUUUAAUUUAAACCCCAAAAAAUAUUACAAUAAAAGGGCUAAAUGGGUGCAAUAUAUCCAAAUUCCUUGUUCUCAAAUUCCAAUUAUAAUUGGUUAUUUCCUGGUGAUUUAAAGAGUACAAAUUGGACUAAAGAAGAGAACAAGCAAUUUGAGAAAGCAUUAGCAAUAUUUGAUGAUAAUACACCUGAUAGAUGGUCUAGAAUUGCUGGUAUGAUUCCUGGGAAAUCUGUUAGAGAUGUAAUUAAACAAUAUCAAGAAUUAUUAGAAGAUGUUAGUGAUAUUGAAGCUGGUUUAGUUCCAAUUCCUGGUUAUAAUCUUGUUUCUUCUUCUCCUUUCACAUUGGAAUGGGUUGAUAAUACAAGGUUUGAUACUUUUAGAAAAAAGUCUUCUGCUAUGGUUAGGCCUCUUGAACAAGAGAGGAAAAAGGGUGUUCCUUGGACUGAAGAUGAGCAUAAGCGGUUUCUACUCGGCCUUCAGAAGCAUGGCAAAGGCGAUUGGAGGAACAUAUCGCGCUACUUUGUAAUCACAAAGACACCAACCCAAGUAGCUAGCCAUGCCCAAAAAUACUUCUUAAGGCAAAAUUCAGGAGGAAAGGAUAAAAGAAGGCCUAGCAUACAUGAUAUCACAACUGCUAAUCUAUCAGAUAAUAGUACAAUUCCACCCAUUUCAGAAACCAAUUGUGCACCAUUCCCUUUACUCGAGAAAUCGAUCAACAUAAUGCCUAAGAUGCUAGUCGAUUGGAGUAACUCGAAUGGUGAUGCGUUAAUGGUUAUAAACCCGAGUCAUGGGAGCCAGAAUCUGUACAGCACAGUCUACCAAGGAGCCUCAGCCUAUGUAGGAUCACAUUAGAGUAAGGGAUAAGAAACAGAACUGGUAACUAUUUCUUAUAGUUCAUGUAUGAUACAUUAUGUCUCAAAUUGAUCAGUAUAGUUAUUUGUUGACAUAUUUAUCAUCAUUAAUCUGAAUCUUUUGAUGGGUAUAUUGUAUAUUUGAAUUCUGAAUUUAUUGCUUGAUAGUUAGUUUUAAUCCAUAGAUGGGUUUUGAGAGUUUAGAGUAAAAACAAUGAAAAAAUUGAGUAUGUGAUCUCUGUUUAGGUUAGAAGUGUGGAUGCAAUACGACCCUUUUCAUACUUGAUGCUUAAUAUUCUACUUUAAAUAGAGGUGGUUGAGAAUUGAACCUGUGAUCUUUUGUCACGUUGACUCUAAUACCAUGUCAAAGAAUUAACUUAACCAAAAGCUUAUGCAGAUAGUUGAAGCCUUAUAUGUUAUAUUCUUCAACAGUUUAGUUGGGAAAACAAAACAAAAAAAAUUUAGAUGGUACUUACAAGUAAGAGAAGGAAGAAAGUGAGGAGAAUCAUUUUAUAAAAAGUAAUGUUGUAAAUAAAAUGCGCCAAACAUAAAUGAAAAUUGCAGCCGACUUAUACAGCAAAGAAGUAAUUUUUAAAUUACAAUUUUUGCACAAUUGCUAGAGCAAAGAUUCAUAUAAUGAACAUGACUAAUUUUCCACCCAAAUUAUACUCACAUCAUUCACACUGAAUCACACAGGAUAUAUACUAUUUAUGAAUAUGAAUAUUAAUCAAGCCCAUUUUAUUUUAUUUUUGGGGAUUAACAUAAGUAUCAACUUGUUAAGUAAUUAAUUCAAACGGAAAUUUAAGUUGAUGAUUGAAGCUCAAAGAUAUAGGUUAUAUUCUAUUACGCUUCAUUAUACAAGAGUCUUAUCUCCUUUAUAACCGACGCUAAUAAUUUCACUAGAAAUAAAAGUGAAUGAAAAAUUUAAAUUAAACCUUACGUGGAGGAGGUCUAUAAUAAGGAUUAAUUUAGAAGAAUCUAGACAAGUAGGAUGAAGACCCAUGUCACACCAAAAAAGCAGCAGCCAAAUUAGCUGACUAAAAAGAGGUGACCCUAGCGAGUAAAACCUUUGAAUCUGAUUGAUUGCUUUUUCUCUUCUCCUAAAUGUAUAACAUUACAACCCUUCAUAAGAUUUUUAGUGGAUCCGAACAUGGCCAAGGUGACCUAACCAUUCAUCACCGUCACUUAUUCAUUGGGCUGACUCUGAAUUCCACUUUCAAACAAACAACAUUGGUCGUUACAAGUUCUAUUGUAAGAUUGUUCGUAAAUAUAGUUUUUAAAAACUCAAUGGGUAAUGAAUAAUAGAUACUUUUUUUGUCUUUUAUAGUUGAUAUUUAAACUACAUUAUAAAAAAAACACUAAUAACUCAUACUCGCCCUUCGUCCUUUUAAGUUUGCACCUUAAAAAAUACUUAAAUAUCUGAGAAUUUUUUGAAUUCUAAGGGUGCAAUUGCAAAUAGAUAGAGUAAGUAUUACUUAGCAAAAAAUGCAAAUUACAUUUGAAUUUAAUUUAAAUUAAUAUCAGUCUUUUACAUAAAAAAAACAUAUUACAGUCAUAAAAUUAUAACCCACUUUAUUCUUACUAAUGGAUAACCAUGCAAAGAUGGGAGAUCACAAAAGAUCCCCUUAUUAUUUUCACCUUU